CUCGAGUUUGUAAAAUGGAACAAAGAAUUCAACAAUUUCAUGAUGAUACAAAAGCAAUUCCAAAUCCACCAACUGCAAAAACAGUAAAACAAAUGAAUACAUUAAAGAAAUUCAUUUAUAAAAACCAAGAUUACAGAUUUUCUGAUAAGGAAAAAAACAAGUUAUUUGCAUGCAUUGAGACUUAUUUCACUGUGUUUGAUAGAAGUGGGUUGACAGAUAAAAUUUCGGCUUUUCCUUUAAUUGAAGAUGCACUAAAAGUGCCCUGUUUUACUACAAAACAAAAAAAUCAACUAUUGAAAUGGUAUGAUGAGAUUCUUGCAAAGCAGACUGGUGGUGAUGAUGAAAAGAAAAAGCAAGAAACUAACGACGAUGAAGAGGAGGAAGAAAAUUAUGAUGAUUUCGAUUGGGAUGCUUUUGAAAAAGGAGAAGAUCAAGAAUAAAAAAAAUGUCACAAGUUAUAUACCAAAAAAAAGCGUUAAUGUAGAUUAUUGUUUUUUUCUCUGAAAUGUGUGAUUUUUUUUUUGUUAUUCUCUUUCUAUAUUCAUAACAUGCCUAUUUAGGAGAUUGUUAAUAUUAUUAUUACAUCAGUUAAAUCUUAUCCUGCAUAAAAGAUAGUUAUUUUCUUAUAUUGAUUGAGUUUAUUUCUCAUAAAACGAUUACAGGAGAAUUAGAAUUAGAAAAACUGUUGUUUUUAUUAUAUUAUAAACUCUAAAAUUAUAGAAAGAAUAUAUAAUUUAGUAGUCACUUUCAAUUGCUAAGUGUUUCACUAUAGACAGAAUUAUCAUACAAGUACACUAUAUGUUCUAUUAUGACUAUUUAUCU